AUAUCGCCUCAGUUUUCCGGGUUGAAGUGACCCCAAAGUCGACCCCUAUGACGAGGAAGGGCACCACCGAACUAUUCGUUGGUUUUGGGGUUACUCCAGCUCGGAGAACUGACAUUCUAGUCAGGUAAUCCUCUUUGCCUACAGGGCAUCUGUUACGUAGUCACUGAAUCCUGAAGUCACUUCAUCUAGGGAGUUCUGGGGACAUUUAUUUGAUGAGCAGCCUCCAAGAAAUCACAGCUAGCUUCAGUCCAAUCAAUUGUUUUGUCUCCGGCGAGUCUCUCUCGCACGAGUUUUCAAGAUUUUUAUAAUUUGAAGCAGAAAGUCAUUGUCAUUUACAAAAAAAUCGACACCAUUCAUUUUUGAAAUUUCUAAAACAUAUUUUGAAAGAUCUUGGGAAUAUCUGAUAGUUCCCAAGAUGGUUCUCACUAAGGAGUACAGGAUAUGCAUGCCUCUGACAACGGAAGAGUAUCGAGUGGGGCAACUUUACAUGAUCGCGAGGCAUAGUCAUGAGCAGUCGGAUGCCGAUGAAGGUGUCGAGGUCGUGGAGAACUCUGAAUGUGAGGAUCCAGUUCACGGAAAAGGACAGUUCACGGAGAAGAGAAUUCAUUUAUCCAGUAAACUUCCAUAUUGGAUACAGGCACUCAUCCCCAGGAUAUUCUACGUUACGGAAAAGGCCUGGAAUUACUAUCCCUUCACUAUAACAGAAUACACUUGUUCUUUCCUCCCGAAAUUUCUCAUCUCCAUCAAAACACGGUACGAGGACAACAGUGGAUCUACAGAAAAUUGUUUAGGAAUAACACCGAUAGAAUUGAUUCAACGAGACGUCGAUUUCAUCGACAUAGCAUACGACGAGCUGUCUGCGAAGCAUUACAAAGAGGAGGAAGAUCCGAAAUUCUUUCAGUCAAAGAAAACAGGUCGAGGACCACUUGUAGAAGGCUGGCGUGACACGACAAAUCCAAUUAUGUGUUCUUACAAACUUGUGGAUGCCUCUUUUGAAGUCUGGGGACUGCAGACACGUGUAGAGGAUUUUAUACAUAAGUGUAUCCGGGACAUUCUCCUCCUUGGCCACCGGCAAGCCUUCGCCUGGAUCGACGAAUGGGUGGAGAUGUCCAUAGAAGACGUCCGGGAGUAUGAGAAGAAAAUGCAUGCAGCGACCAACGAAAAAAUGCAGCUGAAGACCGAAGAGGAAGUCAACUCCAUACCGGUCACACCACUUGGAUCCACACCGUCCUCACCGAAAAGCCCUAAUGACUCAGCCAAUCGCUCUUGGUUCUCCUGGUCGUAACUGGAGAGGUACCGAUGGACUAACCAGUAGAAUGAUAAUCACCAGUGAUUAUUGAUUAGGCAUACUGUUGGCCGUAAUUAUUUUUUUAGUGUAAAUAAUUUCAUUAGAAUUUUGUGAUUGAGGAGAGAAUGGGAUUUUAUGUCCUGAAAUGUUCUGUAUAGCAUAGAUAUCUCGAAGGUAAUCUCCAUUACAGAUGGUAAAUCCCAAUUUUCCAAAGUUUUCGAGAGACUAAAUAAGGCUGGGCAGAACAACACCGGUCAUAUUCGCUUUUAUUACGCUCAAUGCAUAUUACUAUUCAUCUCCUAUUUUUUUCUUUGAAUUGGCUGAAAAAUUUUUUUGGAUUUUUCAAGUGAGUCUUCUCAAAAAAUUCCUUGAACUAAUAAAAAAUCAAGCUUGAUGGUUUUUUAUAAUACUAUUACAAUCUACAACAGGAAUUGUUCUGCGUCAGAAUUUUUUCCCUGGAAAAAGUUCUCCGAAGUUUAAAGGACUUAUUUUUGAUUCCGGAAACUCGAAAGUGGGAGAACUUAAUCACAAAAUUCUUCAUACUUCACAUAAAUAGUUGACAUACACAAUUAAAAAUCAUUGCAUAUUUUUUUGGGCAUUCCGAGAUAGUCCCAGAAUAUUCAAAUUCAGAUCUGUGAUCUUAAAAAUGCGUUUGUCUUUUCCGAUUACUAAUCGUUAUGUUAAAAAUUAUUUUUAUAAUUUUAUUUUCCGAGAAUUGCGUAUUGAGUGAACAGAAUGGAAUUCUGUAAUGCACCACGUGAAAAAUCCAAUGUUUAAAUAAUUCAUGAGUACUGUAAUCGUUGUUGAGCUUUGCAAUGUACUUGAUUCCAGGUUUGUUGAAUUUAAGAUAAGAUACUAAAGAAUUGAAACUGUAAUUGUGUAAAAAAAAGUGUGUGAAAUAACUGUGUGAUUAUUUUCGUCUUUUCUUGAGGGAACAUUAGCAGAGGCCAAUUGCUAAACAAAUUAUUUAUAUUUCCUGAAAUGUUAGGAAAACAUGGAAAAAUUAGCAUUUGAAAUCCAUAUGUUCUCCACAAUAAUGCCAAUUUUCCGAAACAAAUGAUACCAACAAAGCGGCACGUUUCCUCGACGGAAAAUUAAUGCUAGCAUUAUUGAUCGGUUUUUUGACGAGUGGCAGCGAGGGUGCGCAGAUGCCCUAUGUAUUGGGGAGGGUGGGUACUCAGUCUCUCUCGUGUUUUUGACGCCCCUGCAACGCCGGACGCCGGUUUGUUGACCAUUACCACCAUGUCGGGGGGUAAGAACAUCGCAAAAAGGAUAUUUUCACUAUUUAUUUGUUCAUCACACCCUAAAACAACAUUAGUCUAAACUCUUGAUAAUUUUUUCCCAACUUGUAUAAUUCUCGUUUAUCUGAAUAAAUGGAUAAAAGCGA